AUGGCUACAGCCGCCAAACAAGCAGGUGUCAAGAUUACCAUUGCUUCUGGUUUUCGAACGAUUGCUCGUCAACAAUACUUUUGGAAUUGUUAUCAAACUAAAUCAUGUAAUGGUGGCCAUCGAGCUGCUCGUCCAGGUACAUCAAAUCAUGGUCGUGGUAUUGCUUUAGAUUUGAAUACAAAUUGCGGCUCUCAAUCUGGUAGUCGGCCGUCUUGUGCAGGAAGUGCAGUUUAUCAAUGGUUAUAUAAAAAUGCACAUAAUUAUGGAUUUACACGUACUGUUCAAUCAGAACCAUGGCAUUGGGAAUAUGUUGGUGCUGGUGCUACUCGUGCUUCAUUUUCAUAA